AUGGAGGUUGGCCGAAGUCGGGGGCGGCGGGGGGUUUGCACGGUCCUCCAAGGGGUGGAGAGCGGCAAGGCGAGCCUAAAGACCCUCACGCUGGGCAGGGCCAACAGCGUUGGGGGCGGGAAAGGAGGCGACGAAAAUGGGCCCAAGAGGAAGCUGUACGCCAUGGUGAGCGAGACACUUCGCUACAAGCCGCUACUAGAUCAGCUCGUGGUCAAGGCAGAUACUACAGGCACUCUUUUCUCGGAUGAACACAUGAGGGAAAAGGAGCAAGGGUACAUCAUGCUCUAUGAAAUGCUGCUGGGGAAGGGUUCCAUCCAGGGGGGGGGCAAGCUCAAGCGACACCUCAUGCAGUACAAGGCGCGCUUGGAGGAGUGUCUCGCAGAGGCGAAGGUUUCGGCGGGAUUGUCAAAAGACGCCUCCAACGAGUCUCUCCUCCCCAAGAGCGCCCGGAGACACAUCUUCCCGCGGUACGCUAGGGUUAACCUCGUGGCGUGUCCCGAAGGAGCUAAGGGCGUGGCGGCGGCUCUGCAGAAGGAGGGCUACGCGGCAAAAGUCGACGGCGUCGUGCCCAGCCUGCUGGUGCUGCCACCGGGAACAGACCUGCACGACCACGCCAUGGUCAAGGACGGCAGGCUAGUCCUCCAAGACAAGAGCUCCUGCUUCUCUGCCGAGGCUCUCCUAGGGCAAGAGGCGUGCGCAGCCGCCGGCGCUACCCGGGAUGCGAGGGCGGAAUGGAGAGGCGGGGACGUCAUCGACGCUUGCGCCGCCCCGGGGAACAAGACCAUGCACGCGGCGUCCCUGCUCCACGAGCGGGCGAGUGCAGCAGCAGCUGCCUCUGCUGCUUCGUCUGGGGGGGGGUCGGCGGGUGCGGGGAAAGUGGCCGACAGGUCGAACACUGGCAAGCGGGCGAAGGUCUUCGCGUUCGACAAGGACCUGCGUCGCCUGGCCCUCAUGCGGCGAAGGGUGGACGAUUCGGGCGCCUCGGCGGGAGGAGCAAUCGAGACACGCCUGCAGGACUUUCUCGAGGUUGAUCCCGCCGACAGAAGAUACUCGAAGGUCACGGCCAUCCUGCUGGAUCCGUCUUGCUCCGGUUCGGGAAUCGUUUCUGCCCCGGACCGUCUCCACGAGAACCAAGGCGACGCCGAUGAGGGCGAAGGGGCCCCGGGGGGUGACAGGGAGGAGGGAAGGUCGCGCGUGGCGAGACUGGCGGCGUUUCAGCUACAGGGGCUCCUUAAGGCCAUGUCCUUCCCGCAGGUGCAGCGCGUGUGCUACUCGACGUGCUCCGUGCACGCCGUAGAAAACGAAGAUGUCGUCGCCAAGGCCUUAGACCAGCAGCCCACACCUUCCCCCCUCACAACCGCCUCCACCGCUUCUGCCUCUGCUGCGGCUUCCUCCGAGCGAUUCGAGCUCUCUCGCUGCCUGUCGCGGUGGCCGAGAAGAGGGCUGGCGGUCUCCGGGUUGAGCAAGGCCCAGGCGGCGUGCCUUGCGAGGACAGACCCCUUCGAGGACGAGACGAACGGGUUUUUCGUGGCCGUUUUCGAGCGGGGGGUUAGCAGCAACGGCGGCGUCACUAGCAGCGGUGAAUUGGGUAGUGGUGUUUCACCUGGGAGUUGUAGUGGUAAUGGUGGCGGGGGCGGUGAUGGUGGAGCGGGGGUAGGUGGCAACUCCAACGGAGAACCAGCAUCGAAGAAAAAGCGGAACCGUCACAAAAACCGAAAGAAGAAUAAAAAGAAGCGGAAGCUAGCGGAGGCAGAAGGGAAGACACAGUCGGAGGAGGCAGAGCAAAAAGAAGGCGCAGCUGAAGGUUGCGAAGAGGGGAAUGGGGAGAUAGGGGCAGCCACCUCGAUAGGGGCGACCACGGAAUGA